CAUAUCAUUUCUGUAUUCUUAGUGGCUGCUUUUCUUUAUUCACAGUAUGCUUGAGUGUGAUAGCAGUGCGCUUCUCUCACCACUAGAGCUUGCACAUGACUAAAACUACAGCGCCCACGUCCCUGCAUGCGUGCACUUUUUCACAAGACAGCUUUAUUGAACAUCAGAACAAAGACAUACAUGUGAUCCUUCAAUACUAUGGCCUGUUACGAGGGUUCCGAGCCACACAUAAACCCGUUCGCGUGGCUCGUGUCGCAGUGAUGGGUGGACUGUGGGCAUUUCCACGAACGCAGCUCUCCACGCGCCCCGGUGACUCACGGCUCUGAACAGAUGUCUGGUCCAGUACCGAGACCGGGCCACUGGAAACACAAAUGGCUGGUCGUGUAGAGGGAAGCUGGAGGUGUUGUCACAGAUUGAUCUGCAGCAUCCUGCGCUCCGGCGACAAGAGGAGGAGAUGCUCGUGGACACGCGCGUCUGGAGGGAUGCGGAGCGCCAAACUCUCAUCUUUAGGAUUAUUCCUACUUUUAUUACACACCGCACAGGCUGCCGAGGAUGACAAGAAUAAUGAGGCGUCUGGGUCAGCAGGGUCAUUUCUGGAUGUGGCCACCUCACCGUCCUCCCUUGUAAAGGAAACAAAUCCGUUGUCUGUAGUCCAGUUCAAUUCCACAGGCUCCUCAAAGGGUAACAGAGAACAAGCAGCAUUUUCCUCUAUACUCACUCUGCUGGCCGGCACGACGCAAAGGCUUCCGAAACUACAGCCAUCACAAGUCACUCCAGAGAGUCCCUUUAUAAGUACCAAUGAAACACAUCAAUGGCUUUCAAACAGAUCUUUGGAGACAAAUGAAUCAUCAUUUGGCCGUCCGUCAUCAUCUGAGCUGGUCAGCAACCGUUCAUUCAUCUCAGGGUCUGAGUGGAUAUCUGAGCUGAUGUCACCGGUGGCCACACCCACAGCUGCAGACGUUCAGGUUAAAGCCAGUGAUUCCAGUAUAAAUUUCCCCAACAGAGCUGCAGACAAACAACAAGAACGACCAGCAGUCUCUACGCUCACCGUAUCUCAACCCACAGCAUUUACCAGCAAUACCGUUGCAACAACCAGCACCUCUUCUUUAACAACCACAGAGUUGACCAGCACUACCCAUUUAACCAGUGCCAAACGAAACACCAAAACAUCUUCAUCUUUCAGAUAUUCAACCACUCGAGUCCUGUCCUCUUCCACCUCACAAAGCACAAAGACAACCCUGUCGAGAAGCACCGCAGGCCCACCGGAAGCACCUGCUGCUGAUAGCACACUGCUCAGAUGUAACAUCACUGACCGAAUGUGGAUCAAAACAGUGCUGUCCAUUCAGUUACGGAGAAGUCGUCUAGAUAGUAUUCUGAAGCAGAAUCUCCCUAGAGGACUAACUAAUGCUCUGAAGAAAGCCUUAAAUGACAGCAUGCUUCAAGCUAAGGUGGAAAGCAUUUCCAGCGUGCCUAACGUGACUGUUGGUUAUUAUGUGACCCGUGGAGAGAUGGUGUACACCGCUUCUGUGGUGGUGGAGGCUCUUUAUGUCUACGGUAUUAAGAGAUUGAUGGCGGACAUCCGACAGUUUGUGCCUCUGGUCCAGGCAAUUCCCAUCCCAGCAGCACCCUGGAGGCCGAGUCCUGCCAUCUCAUACAUGCUAAAGACAGUGCUGAGGUUUGUUGGUUCAGAGGAUGACCUCAGAUCUUGUAGAUUUACUCAGAUGAUGGAGCAGAGAUUGGAGAAUGCAUUUGCUGAGGCAGAGGCCAUGGUGCUUAACUCUUACAGCAGUCUCACUGUACAGAUCUUGAGUGCAUCUCAGUCUUCAGGUUCUCCUGCUGUAUCUCUGAUAUAUGUGGUUCAUAAUGGAAGUGUCAUUCUCAAUGGCACAACGGCCAGUAACCUCCUCAGUCGUUUGACAGCAGAACUUGUGGGCUAUUUCCUCUUUUACCCUCCACUGAUCACUGCAGAACCUCUAGAGUACCACAACCUCAACACCUCAGUAGAAACAAGGCCAUUCUGGGUAAUCACAGUUCUUCAGGAUGUGGAGAAUUCAUCUUUAGAGGGACUGUACCAGAGCUUCGCCAGUCUGAUGGAGGAACGUUUAGCUGAGCUACUUAUGGUGGCCCAUCAACAAGGCGUUCGCUUUAAAAGGGCAUCAACAGUGGGCAGUUACACAGUCCAGAUGGUGAGUAUCAGGCGUGUGCAUGGGCCAAAAAACCCAGCUGAGAUGACCUACUACGUCCAGCAAAAUGGGACCCCACUGCCCGGCACAGCCACGGCCAAACUCCUGAAUACAGUGGAUUCACAGACCAUGGCGCUCACGCUGGGAUAUUUUGUCCAACUGCAAGCUGAAGCUGUGGUAAAGAGUCCACCCAAUAAUCUGUGGAUCCUCGCUGCAGUCCUGGCACCCAUCGGUGUUGUGACCCUCAUCAUCAUUAUCAUCACAACGGUGCUUUGUCAUAAAAACAAGAGCGAUUUCAAAAGCGAUCCCAUCGGCAGCUUCAACCCUAGAAUGAAGACUGCUUACUGGAGAGACGUGGGUUAUUACCCUCAGCCUGUUCAGGGGUUUGACUAUGCCAAGCAACACCUGGGUCAGCAGGGUGGAGAUGAGAAGACCCUCACAGUUACCCAGGAGACCAAGGUUCUGCCCCAUCCCAUUCGAGAUGCCUCACUGUCCUUAGAUAAAGUCAUACGUCAGGAUGGGUCUGCAUCCAAGAAGAUCUUAACCAGCGAGAUGAGGAAAAGUAGGUUGCCGAGUGAGGAAGGCUCUGUCAUCAGCAGCGAAUCGGUAAAGGAAGUUUCAGGCAAGGGCUCGAUUGUGCAAAAAGCCACAGCGCAGCAGAAACUCACAAAGGAGGAGACGAGAAAGAGUAAUGAUAAUUAUGAUAGUUCUUCUGGAUCACUUCAGCUUAUUUCCAUAAAACCAAUCACAGCUCAGCCCACCUAUUCACACCCUGCGUCAUCCGACCGAAGUCAGGACUCUGCCACAUUCAAUGGAGAGGUGAAUUUGGCUCUGAAACAGAAAUCAGACAUUGAGCACUACAGGAAUAAGCUGAGGCUGAAGGCGAAGAAGAAAGGUUACUAUGACUUCCCUUCUUCUGAGGCGAGAAGCAGCAGCAGCAAAGAGUUGAGCCAGCAACACAAAUAUAAUCACGACAGGCCUCCGCACCCUCAAAACAAAGCUCCAGAACUGGAGGACGACAGGGGAUCCACAUAUGUCAAGCAUCACAAAAGAGACUCGCAGGUGAGGCAGCCUUCACAUCGCAGCAGACAGUCUCUAAACAGUCCCAGUCCUGGAGGAACAGAGAUGGAUCUUCUGGUCAUGAGAGAAAGACCCAGAAAAGGAAUACGCAACGUUGGUUAUGAUACUGAGCCAGAGAUUAUCGCAGAGACUGAUGUGGACCGUCUGGCCAGCCGCCAUUAUUAUGGAUGUGGUCGACAGAUCAAGGGUCAAUCUGAAACAUCCACGCUGAGUUCUCAGCCCUCUAUCAAUGAGGUUCGUCAACAGAUGCACCUCCUGUUGGAGGAAGCCUUUAGUCUGGCUUCAGCUGGCCAUUCCACCUCCGGCAGACACCAUCACUCACACCAUCAGCAUCCACCGCUGGGGUCUUAUGGUCUGGGUCCAGUCGUUCCAUACUCAGAGGUGGUAACCAGCGCACCCGGCACCACUAGUCAAGGGCUGGGAGGCCUGCAAUGGGUGCCAGCCUAUAGACCAGACCCUUACCAGUACAGCCUGGCCAAACAGGCGUUCAGAUUUACUCAGCUUCCUGACAUGGCUUUGGGGUCUCCUCCACCACCCAUCCCUCCGAGAACAGGUCCUCCACCUGAACCCUCACUGAGACGGUCCUCCUCUGAUCUUGGACCAAAGGGUCCCUGCUCUGAGUCUUCAGCACAGAGUCAGCAUGACAGCGCCACCUAUAUGCCAGACAGCAGAGCGCCACAUCCACCUGUCACUACAGAAACUAUUUCCAACCACUCAGGAAAUCCCAUGACAGCAGUUUAUGCCAUCCCAGCCACUCGUCCUGGGUACACGGGCUAUUUCAUCUCUACGCCACCGUCCUCCUACCACAGCCCGUCCUGGAUGUCUUACCCACCUGAACCCGAGGAUGUGCCACCUCAGUGGGCUGAAUCUAUUCCCUUACCGGGUUACGCAGAGGCCUUUCCUCACCCCCACUAUCCUCAGGGCAGCCCUCUCCUUUGGCACCACAGCCAGGCUACGUCGGGACAGGGCGGUCCAGAUCAUCCACCCUGUUCAGCAUCCCAGCAGAGUCUAGCAGAGUCUGGAGAUCUGAUCAGUCCUGACACCCCCCUCAGCGGUCUGUCCACUUCAGCUCUGAUCAAAGCCAUCCGUGAUGAAGUGGCCAAACUGGCCAAGAAGCAAGCGGACAUGUUUGAGUUCCAGGUGUAGAGCUGAUAUCAACACAUACAUGUCUUCUCUAUUGAUGAAAUUUUAUUGAAUCCUUCACUCCUUCAAUUAAAUGCCGGUCUGCUGUUUAUACAGAUUUUGUGUGGUUCUCUUUAGCUCUGUGCCAUUGUAGUAUAACAUAUAUGUAAUUCAAGGUUUUAUUUAAUGGGACAAUAUGACAGUCAAUUGUGUUGUGUUUAAGUAAUUAUUUAAAACAGAAACUUUCAGUAAAUUUCCAAGGCAGCCCAUUCAAAUGUGAAAAAAACACAGUUUGCAACAUCAAUACUUUCAAAGCCACAAUAGCAUGUUUAGGCUUAAGAUGUGUCCAAAUGAGUGCGUUUACAUGCACAGAAUAAGCAGAUAACUAUCAAAAAUCUGCUUUUUAUAGAAACCUGAAAUUUGGAGAUUUGUCAGAUUUCUCGCAGGCAGUGAUGUCACCGCCUAUAGUACAUAUAGUCGUUCAAAAAGCCGGUGGGAAAUCUGUCCUAAGUUAUACUGUUGUAUCUCUUCUCAUGUCUGAGUCGAGCACAGACCUUUACGUUACUUUGCACUUCUGUGUAUGACGUUUAUCUUUCACAUGCAAAGACAUGCGCACAUUAACAAAACUCUGAGAGGCAGUUAAGGUGUUCACAUGCAUUGCUAAGUACCUGUGCCGAUCGUUUUUGUUUACGCCGUUUAUUACACGUUUACAUGACCACACACAUUAUGAGUUUAUUAAGCAUAGUCGGUGUAAGACUGUGCAUGUAAGCGCACUCUUGACUUGACACUAAAUUCUGACAGUUUGAUCGAAUAAAAAGUGUGAGCUGAAUCCCUCGGCUUUGCCUUUAAUUUAAAUGAAUGAGUUAUUGGCUCACUUUACAAAAUGUUGAAUAAGGAUGACAGAAAGAAUGUACUGAAUUUUAAUUCAAAGAAAUUCAACACAGUCACAAAACAAAGAUGCCUAAAGAUGAAAAACCAGAGGGCUCCUGCGCUCAUGAUUUGACCUUGUUUGGUACAAAAGAUGGUUGAUAUUAUAACAGUCAGAAAUAUUAGAACGGGAACCAUAAUUUUAUAUACUGUAUGUCAUAACUUUAUUAAUUCACAUAGGAGAAGGAAUGUGUUAUGUUUAAAUAACUUAAAUAACCUGUAACAAUGUUCUGUAAAAGGUGCUAAUGUCGAUGUAACGCAUUGUCAUCAUGGUGGAGUUAAAUGCUAGACACCUUUAAAGGCUAAUAAUCAGACUUUUUGCUCUUUUAUAUUAACUCAAUGUUUGUUGGACAUAAGGGCUUUUUUAAUAUUGUAACAUAAAUGCAUUUCAGAUAGACUCAUCUGUCUUAUAUACUCACACACAAUGAUCUUUUUACUUUAAAGCAAGUUUUGACUGACUGGCGGUCGAUUAUGCAUGAAUUCUGUAUAAAUGAUUUGACUUUGACUUGUACUGUUCAAAAUGCACUUUACUCUUAAUUUUUGGUCACAUACAAGUCCUGAAAAAUCACUCAAAUGUUUAAUGAGUAUUUCAAAAGUGAUUGAUUAUUACUAAAAUUUGCUCACAUCAUUAGUUCAGCCAAAACAUAAGCACUGAUCUUGAGCAUGUUACUGUACAUGUAAUCUCAAAAUGACAAAAAAUAGGCAUCAGUUUGUUGACAGUUUAUAUUUGAUUGUGUGCAACUUCUAAUUUCUUCACAAAAAGACUUCCAUCUAAAUCUCAGUUGGAGUAUUUUCACAUGUGUUUUCUCAUAUUUCUUUUGAGGGAGCCUGAAGUUUUUAAUGUACAGUUGUACAGUUUUCUUACAAACACUUAAAGUACUGAAUGAAUGAACUCUAAUAAAAAUCAAAAGUCAGUUGCGGGCAGAUGUUACAAUUCCAGAAACAUUAUAUGGUGGUUAAGUCAUUUGCAUAUGAGUCACUGUUGUAAUGGUAAGAAUAUUUGAGGUUUAUUGAUUUAAGCAUUAAGGAAAUAUUCUAAUAAAAUUACUGGAAAUGG